UUAGAAGUGAGCGGGACGUGCAGCACUGCGCAUGCGCAGCUCAUCCUCCUCGGUACUCCCGGUAAUGGCUGCUGGGUAAGAUGAGCGGGUGGGCCGCGUCCUUUCACUGUGAAACGCUCACAUCCAGAGGACCGUUAACUCGGGCGGUGCCGAGUUAAAAUGGUCGAUAUCCGACCCGAAAAGCAUCCCGACACCGUUGUACAGAGUGCGAACAUCCGCCUUCAAACAGCACCCACUAUUAAAAAUCUCAUCCCAGUGGUCAGUUCUGCCUGCUGAUCAGAGGAAACCCGAAGCCAUGGCAGUGAAGGACCGUGUGGAGGCCGUACUCAAUGUGGGUCUGCGUGUUCCCAGCAUCAUGCUGCUGGAUGUGCUGUACCGCUGGGACGUCAGCUCCUUCUUCCAGAAGAUCCAGCGCUCCAGUCUCUCCAACAAUCCCCUGUUUCAGUAUAAAUACCUGGCACUCUACCUGCACUACGUAGGUUACAUCCUGAGUUUAGUGCUCCUGACUCUGCCUCGUCAACAUCUGGUCAAACUCUACCUGUAUGUUCUCACGGCCCUGCUGCUGUUUGCUGGUCACCAAGUCUCAAGGGAUUAUGUUCGCAGUGAACUGGAGUCAGGCUACGAAGGACCCGUCUACCUGGAGCCGCUCUCCAUGAACAGAUUCACCACCGCACUGAUAGGUCAGCUGGUGGUGUGUACUCUGUGUUCCUGUGUGAUGCAGACCAAGAGGAUUUGGCUUUUCUCCGCUCAUCUGCUCCCUCUGGUGGCCAGACUGUGUCUGGUCCCUCUGGAGACCAUCGUCUUCAUCAACAAGUUUUCCAUGAUCUUCACGGGAUUAGAGGUCAUUUACUUUCUGGCCUCUAACCUGCUGGUACCAUAUAACCUGGCCAAGACCGCAUACCGAGAGCUGGCUCAGGUGGUGGAGGUGUAUGGCCUGCUCGCUUUGGGGAUGUCUCUGUGGAACCAGCUGGUCCUUCCGGUCCUCUUCAUGUGUUUCUGGCUGCUGCUGUUCGCUCUGCAGAUCUAUUCCUACUUUAGCACCAGAGACCAGCCGACCUCACGGGAGAGGCUGCUUUUCCUAUUUCUCACCAGUAUUGCAGAAUGCUGCAGUACUCCCUACUCUCUGCUGGGCCUGGUUUUCACCGUCUCCUUCAUCGCACUGGGAGUUCUCACUCUGUGCAAGUUCUACCUGCAAGGCUACCGAGCCUUCAUGAACGAUAACACCAUGCACAGAGGGAUGACAGAAGGCAUCACCCUCCUGAUCCUUGCUGUUCAGACCGGCCUCAUCGAGCUGCAGGUCAUCCACCGAGCCUUCCUCCUCUCCAUCAUCCUCUUCAUCGUCGUUGCUUCUAUUCUUCAGUCCAUGCUGGAGAUCGCUGACCCCAUAGUCCUUGCUCUGGGAGCAUCUAGGGACAAGAGUUUGUGGAAGCAUUUCCGCGCGGUGUCUUUGUGUCUAUUCCUGCUGAUCUUCCCUGCAUACAUGGCUUAUAUGAUCUGCCAGUUCUUCCACAUGGACUUCUGGCUUCUGAUCAUUAUCUCGUCUUCAAUCCUCACCUCGCUGCAGGUUCUUGGCACUCUGCUGAUCUACGUUCUGUUCAUGGUGGAGGAGUUCCGUAAAGCUCCGGUGGAAAACAUGGACGAGGUUAUCUACUGUGUCAAUGGAACUUACAGAUUGCUGGAGUUUCUGGUCGCCGUGUGUGUGGUGUGCUACGGCGUGUCGGAGACCGUGUUCGGCGAGUGGAGCGUGAUGGGCAGCACCAUCAUCCUGGUCCACUCGUACUACAACGUCUGGCUCAGAGCUCAGCUGGGCUGGCAGAGCUUCCUGCUCAGGAGAGACGCUGUAAACAAGAUCAAAAGCCUUCCCACGGCCAGCAACACACAGCUGGAGCAGUACAACGACAUCUGCGCCAUCUGCUAUCAGGACAUGAACAGUGCCGUGAUCACUCCGUGCAGUCACUUCUUCCACGCUGGCUGUCUGAAGAAGUGGCUGUACGUCCAGGAGACGUGCCCUCUCUGCCACUCGCAGCUCAAGAGCCAAUCGCCAGCCGCCGGUGUCAACAGCCAGGAGACACCGGCAGCCAAUCAGAGCCCUGCAGGACAGGAAGACGCUCCAGCUGCCAAGAAGGAAGAGGAGGACACUCCUUCACACGACGGGAAAGAGGAGGAAUCAACAGAGCAGGAGAGAGAUAAUGGACCUGUGGUGUCGGACGGCGAAGCCUCCUCCUCCUCCCCCUCCUCCUCCUCCUCCCCCUCCUCCUCCUCCUCCUCCUCCUCCUCCAGCCCCGCCGUGCCCUCUGAACCCCUCAACAUCCUCAAACCUCCAUUACCCUCCUCCUCCUCCUGUUCUCCUCUGCUUGUGAUUGAUUCUCAGCAGAACCAGUCAAACACUGAUCAUCCAUCUCCACCCUCCACCACCCCGGACACGUCGGACGCGCCUGGCUCUCCUGCACCCCUCCCCCGCCCAGACACCCCCACGACCUCUCAUCAGCCGUCUGCCCCGACAGACCCGACCCCCGCCGAACCGGAGCCCGUCUCUCCAGUGGAGAGCCAGGAGCCGUCUGCUGCCUCAUCGUCUCAGUCAGACCAACAGAUUCCUCAUUCUGAGGAACACCCUCCUCCUCCUCCUCCUCUUCCUCCUCCUCCUCUUCCUCCAUGCUGCCUCUGAGCUCCACAGUAACAGAAAACCUACAUGCAUGCACAUAUAAACACGUUCUGAGUGAAUCCAUAUGAUUAUCCUGUAAUCAGCCUUCGUCCCACGAUGUCAAAGUUCAUUACUUUUAUAUCUGUUAUUGAGAGAAAAGCCUAAAUGGCCUCAAAUUAAUUGGAGGAGUCAUUUCUCUCUCAAAAAAAGAACAAGUUGUUUGUUUAAUUAUGUCCUCUGACAGCUCUAACAUUCAACAGUAUUGGGUUCAUCACAGGUGCGACUUUGUUCAUUUUGAAUGUUUUGGGUUUUAUUUCAAUUCGUUUAUGGUUUUUAAAAACCAAUCAGAGAAAUGAGAUGCGGAAACCUCAUCUCAGAAAUAAUCACACGUCACUCUUUUUUUCUAGUUUCCUAAAUUUCUAAAUGGACGUUAGACAUUUCCUCUCAUUUAUCAGCGUCUAGAUAUCCUUGUUGUCCAGUAUGUGCCAUGAUGUACUGAGAGGGGAGUCAGAGGUCAGAGUUCAGAGGGCAGUGGUGGACUUUGGAGGACUGACCGUUACAUUUCAAACCGUGGCAAAGUCUUAACAUUUCAUAAAAGUCUGCAAAUUCUUCAGUUUGAGAACGAUCCUGCUGGAUGACUGAAGUUGUGAAAGCGAAGCGUUUCUGGAGGCCGCGACACGACCUGCUGCCUGGUGCUCAGCAGAGGAGACGCGCUGCCGUCUGAACAAAUCGUCGGCCCCUCGUGGAAAUAACCGCCGAUCAUUUCACGUGUCAAGCUCCGACUCAAGGCUGUUUGGCUGGUCCCAGCAGAAACAGUGCUUUUUCCUCAUCGCCAAACUUUUAUAUUAACGUUAUUUUUAAGGGUCAUUUUUACAUUACUGCUCUUGGGAGACUGCACGGCGCAAGACGGACUGAGGAUAAUCGAGGGAUCCGCGAAGAGAGAACACAGCUGUGUGUCUCGGGAGAACGUGGGGCGUAGAUCGAUCCGCAGAGCCGACGGGGAGCUUCCGACGCUGCCGCCGCCGGCUUUGUUCCACUCAUGGUACUCGGCUGAUUCAGCCACAACAACCGGUCUCUGUGAUUGUUGAGGCUGCUUCGAUCACCUCCUUCCACUGAAUCACGCCACCCUGUGUUUUAUACGACCAUCAUCACCGCUCACUCACUUCACUCCAUGAAUUAUUACCAGCAAAUUGAGCCAUUUGAUACCCCCCCCCCCCUUCCCAAACCACACAUGCUCACGCUCAGUCGCCUCCUUCACAUGCAGUUGGGGCAGGACGUGGAAGAAGUGUGUGUUGAAAGACUAAAACUUGAGAAUGCCGAGUCCCGAUGCACGCUUUGUCGAGCUUGCACGCUGCCAUUCUUCCCACAGAGUCUCUGUCCUCCCGAGUGUGCUCUAACCUCGCUACAAAUGUUUUUUGUUUGUUUUUUUCUACCAUUUCUUUGUUUUUGAGUUGUAUUUGCACUAAUGUCAUUUAUACUAGCAACGCUCCAAAGCUGUCCUGUGGCUGUCGGCAACCAAAAUACCCUCUGAUGUUCGUUUUGUGUACGAGGAAACAGCCCGACCCGUCUGUGUGUGAUGUAUAUAAGUGUUGCUCUGUAUGGCACCUAUAUUAAACCAGAGGAGUGUUGAUGCGUCGGUGAGAUCCGAGCUUGCGUUCUCCCACGUUUGGCCCUGGAAGCCUGCAAGGGGAACCAAGCUCCGAUGUGCGAGACCAGCCAGUGUUACAGCCUCUCCUGUCUGCAUGACGCGCCUUCAAGCUGCUGUGAUCACUCCGGUGCCCUCUACUGUUAGGAGUGGGAGCAGCGCGGCGCAGACCGACGGGAGACGCACCUGUAAAACCCUUCACAGUAUUAUUUACUACCACUAUUACUAAAGGUCUUAUUACUAUGAAUGACUCUGUUCUGGACUUGUGGGCGCGCCGGCUGCAGGGCUGAGAAUGAAUACAUGAUCGGUGUAGGAUCAAACCUGGCCGGCGCCCCGUUAACUUUCUGUGUUUAUUUUUUUAAAAGAGAGGAAUUGUAGAGUUUGAUGUAUUUUGCACAACGUUCCUCUGAAAGGCGAACAUAAGGACUUCCUGUAUAUGACUUUUCUCAUUUUAUUAUCAACUCCAUUCGUUGGACUUUGAUUUAAAAUGAAACACUUGAAAAAAAAAAUGGUUGGAGAGAAUUUGGUGCACAUUUGAGCGGUGUUGUGCAGAGAGAGCCGCUGCAGGAUGAAAUGUGAUCCACAAGAUGAACAGUCACUGGCAGCCUGUGCGAGUUCUGCAUUGCAGUAUUAUAUGAAAACCAGUCAGCUGUUGAUUCCACAUAUAUUGGAGUCUCUCUUGAGACUGAAAACUUCAAUUUUUCUGACAUUAUUUUUUCUUUUUCUUUUUUUUUUACAAUUUCCAGAUCAUCUCUUGAAAUUUCAGCUGCAUGAUUGACUUCAUGUGCUCCACGACUGAGCUGGCAGAUAAAUACAUGAAUCAUCGCUGCUUCUUUUCAGUGUGUGUUUGCUUUGUAUCUCAUCUCUUUCCACCAAUCCUCUCAUUCUCACACAGUACAUAUCGGUUCAAAUCAGAUUGAUAUUUUUGGUAUCAAAUUGGUUUUUUUGAAAAAAAAAAAUGACAGUAAAUUUUGUUCAUGUACAUCAAUAUCAAAGCAUUUUUAUCUCUAUUUAUUUAUUUAUUGCAACCAGAACUAAAGGUCUGUACUUUGACUGAAUCCUGAUGUCAACAACUACUUGUAAAUUUAUUAGAACUUGGUCAGAAAGUUUAAGCAAAUAUAUGAAUGGAAUCGACAGCUGCCACACAUUUCAAUAAUUAAUUUGGGGGAUUAAUCUCCGGCACUGCGGUCUGUUACAGCUGCCUCUGACUGACGACUUUGUUCAGAUUUACCUCAGAACGACGAAUCGCGGUCGGGGCCGCUCUCACUGAGGCUCCCUGAUUAAAAAAAAAACAAAAACAAAAAAAACUCAGUUUCAGAUGCUUUGGUCUGAUUAGGUACUCCACAGAUAAAUUCAAGAAUCGCUCUGUUAAAGCCCGGCUCUGAAUACCGGCUGCGAUCUGUUACAGUGCUCGAUGGUUGGUUUCUGGACUUCAUGCCUGGCAUUGCCUUGGUUACUUUACGAAGAUUGAAUGUCGAAUAAACUGAACCAUCCA